UUAACUGGUUUCCAGCUUUCCACUCGUCUUUAUCUAUGACUUCCUCUGGAUGGGAACCAAUUACAAGCGAUUCACCACCGGGGGUCAGAUGUCAAAGAUAUCUAAUUUCGCACAGUGCUAGUGCUUAGAACGUCUCAGAAUCAGUGAUGUGGCAGGUUUUUCAGUGAACAUGCAGUCAGUGAUAGGCGUGAAUUGUUGUUGUUUUAUUUUCCUAUAAUUGUAAGAGUUUUAUUGAAAAACGAUUGUAAAUCCUAGAUGAAAAUGGACUUGUUUACAUGGAUGACAUUUCUAUCACUGUGUGCUUGGUGCCAAUGCAUUAAUGAGGAUUUUGUCGUGGUGACCAUAGCAACUGAAAACAAUGAUGGCUUGAGACGUUACUUGAGAAGUACAAAGAAAUAUGGACUGAACACUGAGGUGUACGGGCUGGGAGAGGCAUGGAAGGGCGGAGACAUGCAGGGUCAGGGCGGAGGUCACAAGGUUAAUCUCCUGCGACGGGAACUCAAGAAGUACAAAGACCGUGAUGACCUUAUUGUCAUGUUCACUGACAGUUACGAUGUUGUGUUAACAUCAGGAUCAGAGGAUAUUCUGGAGAAGUUCCGAAAGCUAGACGCUCGUGUUGUGUUCUCAGCAGAAGGUUUCUGCUGGCCUGAUAAGCAGCUGGCUGACAAGUAUCCAGAGGUGAAGUUACAUGAAAAGAGGUUCCUAAACUCUGGAGGGUUUAUUGGAUACGCCAAAGAUGUGUACGAGGUUGUCUCCCAUGGCAACAUUGAGAACACAGACGAUGAUCAACGAUUCUACACGACCAUCUAUUUGAAUGUUAAACUUCGGGAGAAAUGGAGUAUAAAACUUGAUCGACGGUCAGAAAUAUUUAUGAAUCUCCAUGGAGCAUUGGGUGAUGUGAUGUUGAAAUACAAGGGAGCACACAGUUUUCUGUACAAUGUGAAAACAGGAACAGUUCCCAUUGUUAUACAUGGGAACGGGCCAAUUAAGCCCGAGUUCAAUCGUCUUGCCAACUACCUGGCUGAUAGCUGGACCCUGGGUUCAGGAUGUCUGUCAUGUGAAGAGGAUACAAUAAGCUUGCAGGGAAUGAAGGAUGAAGACCAUCCACUGUUGAUGAUAGGGCUAUUUGUUGAACGACCCAUGCCAUUCCUGAGAGAGUUCUUCCAACAUGUGUCAGCCCUCGACUACCCAAAAUCCAGAAUAAGUCUCUACAUGCAUAACAGUGUUGAACUUCAUCAGAGGGAGUUAAAGAGCUUCCUGUUGAAGCAUGGCCAGGAGUAUGAAUCCCUUCACAUUAUCAACCCUUCAGAACAAGUGUCCGAAGUAGAGGCCAGGAAUGCAGCCAUUGAGAAAUGUAUCAAGAAGAGCUGCCAGUAUUACCUCAACAUUGACGGGGAUGUGCAUCUGGAGAACUCUGGUGGUUUGAAACUACUGAUGCAGCAAAACAGGUCAGUGUUGGCGCCCAUGAUAUCACGCUACACCAAGGCCUGGUCCAAUUUCUGGGGUGCUGUCAGCUCCACAGGCUUCUAUGCCAGAUCAGAGGACUACAUGGACAUUGUGGGCAGGGAUAAAGUGGGCCUCUGGAAUGUGCCCUACAUAGGAGGUGUUUACCUUAUCCAGGGUCAUAUCCUGCCAGCCCUGAAAGGGGCCUACACUGCCCCUGGUCUGGACCCUGAUAUGGCCUUGUGCUUGAAUCUCAGAAAUCAGGGUCGUUUCAUGUUGGUAACAAACCGUGACUGGUAUGGCCACCUCAUAUACUACGAUGAGUUUGAAACAAGCCACUUACACAAUGAGCUCUAUGAGAUAUUGCGCAAUCCUUAUGACUGGGAGAAACGAUACAUCCAUACAAACUACUCUCAGAGCCUGGAAAAGGAGUCUAAGAUUGAAGAGCCGUGUCCAGAUGUGUUCUGGUUUCCAAUUGUAACAGAGGUCUUCUGUGAUGAACUUGUGGAGGAAAUGGAGCAUUAUGGGGGUUGGUCUGGUGGCAAGAAUGAUGACCCGAGAUUGGCGGGUGGGUAUGAGAAUGUUCCCACUGAUGACAUUCACAUGACUCAAGUCGGCCUUCAAGACGAUUGGUUGGAAUUUUUAAAGAAAUAUGUGGCACCCUUGGCUACACGAGUGUUCCAGGGUUAUUUUAGCAAUCCCCCUCGUGCCAUAUUGAACUUCAUAGUCAAGUAUCACCCAGAACGUCAGAGAGAGCUUCGACCCCACCAUGACAGCUCCACCUUCACGAUUAACAUUGCCUUGAACAGACCGCAUGUAGACUACCAGGGAGGCGGUUGCAGAUUUAUUCGUUACAACUGCAGCGUGACAGACACUCGUAAGGGCUGGAUGAUGAUGCACCCGGGGCGACUGACCCACUACCACGAGGGACUCCCCACAACACAGGGAACCAGAUACAUCUUUGUGUCCUUUGUUGAUCCUUAGGGGGGUGGGGCUUUUUGGGUUGGUUAAUUGUGAAAAUCCUUGUCAGAUAAGUAUGAUGAGAUAUGGUUGAAGAGUGACUUGAACGAUGAAUGUGUGGGUUUAAAAUGUGAACUUAUGACAAAAUAUUUAAAUUUAUUUGAGAAAAUGUGAAUAAUUGAAAAAAAAAUGAGAUAUAUUUCAGCAAGUUUUAACUAAUUUAAAACUUAUUCAAUUUAACUAACUGUACAGAAUAAAGAAUUGCAACAAAUCUGAAGUAACUGUAAAAAAAAGUUGGAACUUCUUGAUAAAUAUCAAUCAAACUAAGCUGUGGAAUAUGUGAAGUUUCCCAAGGCAAGGUAGUUUUCAAUGAGUGAAAAACUAACUUUGCUGUAGUGUAAUCUUUAUUAUAUAAUGAAAUAGGUGCACUAAAUAUAUUUCACUCAUUUGUUCAAAAUGGAACUAUAAUAUACUGACCUUUCAAAUAAGAGUGAUUGAUUUGGGAUGCUUUACAAAAAAUGUUUGAAAGUUUGCUUGUUUUAGAAUGCUUAGUAUGUAAAAUUGGUUUUCUGGGCAGUGCAUGAAUUGUCAUAUUUUAUUGUUGUGGUUAUAUGUAUGUUAUCAAACAUUCUAACAAAAUAGUCAAAUUCUUUUUGUGACUUUAAGGAACACAUUGUGGUUAAAUUUGAUAUGGAAAUCUUUCAGAUUUUGCAAAUAAGUACUUAGGCGUUUUUUUUCGUUGCAUAGAAGUGAAAAAUAUUGUGUUGCUUUGAAUGUUCCAUACAUUGAAUGCGAAGAAAAACUUAUAAGGUUGAAUGCGAAGAAAAACUUAUAAGGUUGUAUUGUUGGUUUAAGAUUUAGAGGUGCUUUCAGAUUUAAAAUGUAUAAAAUUAUGAUACAUGUACAUAUAUUUUUAAUACCAGUAUGUAACUUUCAGUGCAAUGCUUUUAUUGUUAUUAAUUUCAUCAUGGCGUAUCAUGACAUUUUAUCACCAUAAUCUUUUUUGUUGUCUCAAAAAAAUAAAAUGACUGAGAUAUUUUGAAGUCCACUUAAUUUCAUAAUUGCCUUAAGGUAUAUCAGCAAAGCGAAAAAUAAGAGGUCGUCAAUAGGAUUUUGAUGUCAUAUUCUAUAAUUAUCAUUCCAAAACUUGAAUCGUAAUUUAUUCACUAUUAUAAAUUUCAAAAUAUUUGUUAUGCCCCUGGAAUCUAUCAAAUUAAAGCGCUAUUAGCGAUUUUCCUGUCCGUUAUUCCGUCCGUCUGGUCAUCCGUACAAGGUUAACCCAAAAUGACAUGUUUCUUUUGACAUCAAUAAUGCUUCCCACAAUGCUUUGAUACUUUAAUUGACAAUGUAUUUGAAUACUAUCAACACAACGUAUCACUUGAUCUCAUUUUGACCUUGACACUGACUUACUCUUGGACAUAGCUAUUAGCAUUAUUCAUUUAACUCUUUCAGUGCUGGAAACCGAAUUUUGAAGGCCUUUGCAAACAGUUUGGAUCCAGAUGAGACGCCACAGAACGUGGCGUCUCAUCAGGAUCCAAACUGUUUGCUAUUCUGAUAGUAUUCUUUGAAAAAAAUCGAAGAAAAUGCUAGUUUUAGAAAUUCAGCAGACAACAUUUUAGCAGACAACAAAUUUCCCAGCAUGCAAAGGGUUAAUUAGGCAAUAAAUCAACACUGACAAUGCUUCCAACGGGGUCAUCCUGUUUAAUUUUUUUGAAUGAAUGUGUGUUAUUCAUAUGCAUUACUCAAACUUUAAAAAUUGAUGCUACACCAAUAUUGUAUUAUGGUUUGCUUUGUAUAUAUCUUCAUUGCAAACAUUGUUUAAAGGUUUCAUAGCAUAAUUUACAUUUCAAGCUUUGUGCCCAAAAUGUAGUUAUUUGAAUUUCUAUGCAGAAUAAUGAUUAUCUAUGACAGUAUUUAAAGAUGCCAAACUAUUUAAAGAAUUCAGUCCAAGAGAAUAUUCCAAUGAAAGCUUGUCAAUAUUGGUAGUUAAUGUGUCUCAUUGAUUUGUUUUAACAAAUUGUUAAGGUGCAUUAAUUGCAACCGAUUUACGAGGAGGAAUUUGCAAGGGCUUACUGAACAGGUCUUCAGAUUUGUAAAUUGUUAUAGGAAGAAUUUAGAUUUCUUCAAAUAUGAAAUAAUAAACACCCGGUUCUUGAAUUAUAUUUUAUCUUUUGGUCCCUUUGGAUCUGAUUAUUAGCAUUGUUUUACUUGAGUUUUGUGUUCAGUAGAUACCAGACUUUCUAGUCCGGAUUAAUUGUUGCAAAAUGCCUUUUAGUCAUUUAUCAAAAAUAUUGAUUCAAUAUUAACCUGAUUAUGCAAACGUCAUAUUAUACAAUUUUUGUAAGUUUAUUUGUCAAUUAGCAUGCUUGUGAUUGUCCAGUAGACAAGGAGGUUGAUUGCUUUCAUGUUAACCCAUUUAUGCCUAGUGGACUCUCCCAUGCUUCUAAAUUGGAUCAAUUUAUUUCCAAAAUUAGGGAUGUCUAGUAUAUUUAUUUCUAUAUUUAGAAUAUUUAUACAGAAAUUCCUUUAAUCAAACAGCGCAGACCCUGAUGAGACGCUGCAUCAUGCGGCGUCUCAUCUGGGUCUAUGCUGUUUGCCAAGGCCAUUUUUCCAGACGCUGGGCAUAAAUGGGUUAAGAUAAAAUAUUGAGCAUUUUAGACAGUAUUUUAGAAUUUUAGAUGUGUUGGUUUGUUAAUUUUUAUAUUUAAUUUGCUUAUAGCAAGAUUUGAUAUCUAACAUUUUUUACCUCAUCAUGUCUUUAUUGUGAAAUAACCCCGUUGAGUAUUUAAAUUAUGUUACUAGUAAGACUUGCAUUUUCUAAAGAUGUGAAAACAAAAACAUAAUCAAAGUUGUUAUUUGCAUAUUAUUGUGCAAGAUUGUUGUUUUUUAUUCAGUUGUAUAAUAAACAAAAUUAUGUGGGCGCUUAAGGUUCAUUGUAAUAUAAAUGUUAGAAUCUCCUGAUAAUUCUUACUGUUUUAAGAUGUUUUGUUGCUUGCAGAUAUUUUUCUCUGUUGUGUACACAAUCCACUUGUAUUUCAUUUUAUAUUGAUACAAAAUUUGUUUACAAAGUAAUAUAAGCUUUGACAUAAUGUGUAUAUUGAAAAGUACAUUGUAUUUUUUUCCGUCCAUUUUGUCCCAAUUAUGAUCAGAUAAGUCAUGAUGUUUUACUUCUUCUGCUCGAUUAUGCACCAAAUCUUCGGAGCUAUAAUGGUGCAUGGUACAGUAAAUGUUAGUGUAAUCACACGUAAAUGAGAACCAUCUCUAUUUUACUUUUAGUUGAAAUUCACGUCGUUUGUCAUGGUCAUAUCGAUUGUUUCAACUGAUAAUUCAUUUAUAAUUUUUAAAUCAGCUUUAAGCUAGUAUAUAUAUUAUGAUUAUUGUGGAUAUUAAACAUGAACAUUUAACUAGCAAGCGUAAAUGAGUCCUUCGUGAUUUUUUGGGACAGCUGUUGUUAAAGAAAUUGUGUUCAAUUUAUAAACAACCAUAUAUUCUCAAUGCAGUGAGUUGAUAUAAAUAAUUUUCAUGUCAAUUGAUUUUGUCUGGCCAUUUCAAUUUGCAUUUUACGUCACGUUUCUUAAAAAAGAUUUGAAUCUUCAGUAAAUUAUACCUGUGUAUGUUCACAUCUACUUUUGUUGGUGUUAUUUGUGCAUGGAAUUGCUAUUUACUUGACUAUGACAACGAUGUAAAGGCCAUUAUUUGUACUGUGCCAUGAUGUUUGUACAGAAAUCCAAUUGUGGAUGGAGGGAUCUGUCAGUAAGUUGUUACCAUAGAAACAACUGAUAUAUUUCAUAAUUUGUAGAAUAAACAUGUACAUGCUUUGCAAGAAAAUUAAAACGAAACAAUUG